ACCAAACAAACAAUGGGCCUGGCGGAAUCGUCCACGGUUGAAGCCACGGACGGCGUGAGGAGCCGGAGAAGAGACGAAGAGAAAGAAGACCCAUCUCUUCUGAACUCUACGCUCCCAGAACAGUUCGCCAGUCGGUUUGAAGUGCUGGAAGUGGUGGGGAAAGGGUCUUUUGGCAAAGUAUACAAAGUGAGGGACAAGAAAACCAAGGCCAUCUACGCUACCAAACACCAAACGUACAACGACAGCAACAUAAAAGAGGUUAGGAUUCAAGCUGGAGUGAAUGAUGAACAAGUGGUGAAGAUCUAUGACACCAUUACCGUGGAGGAGAAGGAGAUGUUUAUUGUGAUGGAGUACUGCGAGGGAGGCAACCUCCUUCAGUGGAUCAAACGCAGUCGUCGACACAAACUACUCAACCAAACAGUGAUACUGCAGAUGUUGUUUGGGAUCUGCCAGGUAGUCUACAACUGCCACGUGAAGAAGAUCAUUCACAGAGACAUCAAACCCGAAAACAUCCUCCUGGACAGCAGGAGAAGAAUCAAACUCGCUGAUUUUGGUGUUGCCAGAGUGCUGAAUAGAGCAUCGUAUGCAGACACUUUCUGUGGCACACCACCCUACAUGGCUCCUGAACUGUUCCUCAGCUAUUUUGGCCAGGCCUCUCCAAACUCUGGGUAUGACAGUAAAUGCGACGUGUGGUCCGUAGGAUGUAUUCUGUGGGACAUGGCAAAUAAUCGGAACAAGUUUGUUUUCCAACUGGGGAAGAACCUAGGUCACAAUGUGUCUCAAGCCACAGACAGUCUGAGUGCCUCCAACAUCGCUGAGCUCAUUGAUAACAACAUCCCUCAAGAGUAUGGAAUAGUACGUCGACUGCUACAUCUGAUGCUGAAGAGGAACCCAGAGGAAAGAGUGUCUCUCUCCGACUUACUUCAAGACUCUGAACUAAACGCUGCUCUACAAAACCCUCUAGACUGUCACUGGUCUGAUGUGUUACAAGAGAGAGAAGAAGAGGAUAUCUAGCGUUUAGAGUGUUUUUAUUCGAUAAUUUUUGUACACCGAUUUGUCAGUAGUAAGAUAUAAUGCUUUUUAAACUUUGCAGAAGGUACUGGCAAUGAUCUUACGUAACGUCACAUCACUGAGCAAUUACGGAAGAGCCCCUGUGGAUUAGGCUCGAGACGAGCUAACUCCAAGAGUCUGUGUGAGUGUCUAGCUAGUGGCUCAUUGGCCCAGGCCAACACUUGCUCUCUCUCCAGGUAGCCAACCAGAGCCUGUUGUAGGUUGAGACGCUCCCUGAGGGCUGGGGGGAGCAACGGUUGUGGUCUAUCAUCAGGUUGAGACGGCUGGCUAGAUGCUCUGUUAGAACUGUAGUUUGACACCAGGAAAGCAACCUUGUUUGGACCCAUUUGGAUUUCAAUUUGUCUGAGCAAUGCCGUAUAGUACCCGUCUUGCCCAGUGAGCAAGAUUCUAGCCUCUGAGGCAUUGUAGCACAGACAUAUGAGGUCGUGUUGUUUCAGCUCCGAACUGUCAAAGUAUCCCCGACACAGAGUCUUUCUCUUGACGGUGAACGGAGUAAACUUUGCAACAGGCGUCUCGGAAUUUGCCAGUUUCGGGACUAGUUGCUGGAGCUGCGAGGCCAGUUUGUCAGGUUGGUCAAAGGCUCUGCCGAUGAGAGCUACGAGCAGCUGUUGUGGGGACGCUCUGUCGUAGCUUAUGGAUGGAGUAAGGAACUCUGGGAUAUAAAGAGAGGUCCCCACCAUUCUAGAGUCACUACUGGAGGUGGAGCUGGUGGAGCUACUGGACGCCCGCUCCUGAACCCGGGAGUCACUGACUGGGACUGUUGUACUAGUGGCCAGGUCGGUCGAGGUCUCAUAGGCCUCCCCGAGGGACAAGGAGGUAGUGGGGCUGUCAGUUUCAUCGGAUGACGUCUUGCUACGGACAGUCGCGGUCUGCUGUGACUCUUCCCCGACUUUUCUGUCCUCUCCGUACUCACUGUAAGCUCUGUCGCUGAGCUGCAGGUCCAUACCAACGGAAUCCAUGGCAGAAAACCUUCUUCCCCAAUGUAUAUACAGUACUUUGACCCCUAGCUCACAA